GUUUUUUCUCUGGCUGCUCUAUAGCGCUGGUAGUGGCUAUUAUUGUGCGCAUACAUGCGAGAGAUAUAUUUAUGGUCAGGACGUGGGCAGUAUAUGGAAAAUAUAUUUCCACUUUACAGCUUGUUUGGAUUCAUUGAUCUACAUAUGAUUAUGUUCUCUGGAAACAACUUUUGGAGGCAUUUCCGGGUCAAUUAUGCCUUUAUAUUUGGCUUCAAGAAAGGAAUGGAACUGGGUUACCGAGAAGUUCUCCUUGUUAGUUCAGGUCUUGCAGUACUCACUCUGGCCGGUGUAAUAUCAAAUCUGGAUAUGGACAUGGACCCAAGAACAGGAAGAAGCUUCAGAACAACAACUGAAUUGGUCCCUCUAGGCCUAGUCACUGUGCAAGCAUUAAGGUGUUCAGAACUUUACAUCUGCUACUAUGGUUGGGGGGACUCCAACAGGAGAUCAAAAAAGUGCAGUAAAAGUGAUGUUUUCAAUGUUUUCUACAUCAUUGUUGCAGUUGUUCUAUAUUGGGUACGCUUCAUUCAGUGCCUUCGACGCUUGGUUGAAGAGAGAGACUCUAUGCACGCACUUAAUGGGCUGAAAUACUUCUCAACAAUAAUUGCAGUUGUCAUGAGAACAGGUAAUGAUCUAAAGUGGGGAAAGACUUGGAAGAUCAUGGCUACAACGAGUUCAGGAGUUGCUAUAAUUGCUAGUACGUACUGGGACAUUGUCAUAGACUGGGGACUUCUGCGAAGGAAUUCUAGAAACCCUUGGUUAAGGGACAAGCUCCUUAUAUCAAACAAAAGUGUCUACUUUGUAGCAAUAGUAAGUACUGAAUGUGCACUAAGGUUUGCAUGGAUGCAAUCAGUUCUAGGUCUCUAUGACAUGCCUUUCCCGAAUAGGACAGCCAUAACUGCAAUUGUUGCCUGUUUGGAGAUCAUUCGUCAGGGUAUUUGGAAUUUCUUCAGGUUGGAGAAUGAGCACUUGAAUAAUGUUGGAAAAUAUCGGGCAUUCAAGUCAGUUCUACCUUUCAACAAUGACAAUGAAGAAAAGGAUGUAUAACUAUAUAUUGCACAGAACAGGAAGAAUAGCUGUUAUAAUUACUUCAGCAAUUGUGUGCAAGUACAAGAAACAGAUGAGAGCAAAUUAUUUUAAAAAAAAGAAAAAGAAAAAAAGAAGGGUAAAUUACAUUUACCUCUUCUAAGGUUUUUGAAAAAUAUAGGGACCUCUCCUGUGGUUUGAAUAAUUACAGUAACUUGUCCUACUUUACCUGACAAUAUCAAGAUUCUUUCCUUCUGUCAAAUUGUUUCAAACGGUGUUACCUUUUUAUAAUAAAUUACCUUAUUACCCUUUCUUUUAAAAUAUUAAAAAAUGUUUUUGGAUUGGAUGACAGGUUUGGAAGAAACAAAUAGUGAUUGGAACAGUAUUUUAGAUUUAUUUUUUUAAAAUAUUAAAAUAUGUUUAAAAAACAUUUAUU